GUUUUAUCCUGACAGGUUAAUAGAGGAUGAUGGUCCUCACUUUACUAUUUAGUCUGCCUGCUUUUCAAUUUCAGUUACCUUAUGUUUUUCCUGCAAGAAAUAUUUCUCUCAAGUGCAUGCAAGACACUAAUGAAUUCCUUUCUGAUCUGAGUUCAGUGGAUCCCAAAGAGUACGCUCUAAGAAUGUAUGACUCCGUCGGGAAGCUUGGGAGCAAUGUUCUUAACGGAAAUGUGGACAGGCUGGGAUCUUACAGUGAGUGCCUCUCCACCCACGCCCCCUCGGGGAGCUUCUGGGGGCAGUACUGCAAGCUUCACAUCCUGGAGGAUGGAGCUGACUACAGUGUGGGCGUGUGUGUCCCUGAUUCCUGUGCUGAAGACGAUGUGACUGCGCUGUCUCAGCUGGAUACUUUAAGAUUCAGAAAUGCUUCAUUUUUGGCCCCUUCUGUCUCUCUCUUUACAAUAAAUUCUUCCUCGUCUGGUGGGGGUGUGGCAAGAUGUGCUACUGGAAUGUUCCCUCUCGACACAUUUGUCGCCGUGUGUCUCAUGCGGCUUUUCAGGGAGCUGAGGGGAGCCAGGACACGAGGUUGCCUGGUGGCUCGGGCCCUGCUGAUUGUGCUGGGGCAGAGCCAGUUCCUGCGGCUGUGCCACGUGCCCCUCUGUUUUCAUACCUGUGCCUUGGCCGGAUUUCUGGGAGCCGUGGACCGUGCUCUGAGAUGCUUUUCUUGGCAGAAGAAUGUGCUGGCCAUCUGGACUACGAAGAUGCCAGGAAGCACAUGCUCAGCACUGAAUGGCAUCCGAGUCUUGAGCCUCCUCUGGAUCAUGUCGGGGCACACCAGUCAGAUGACCGCGUGGCUGUCUCUGGAUAAUGUGCUUGAAUGGAAAACCAGAGUGCUUAAAAACCCACUGUACCUUUUUUCUCGGAGUGGCCCAUUCUAUCUUGAGGUUGACACAUUUUUCCUGAUCAGUGGUUGGUUAAGUGCAAGAUCAUUUUUAAAGAUGCUUCAGAAUUCAGACAAGGGAAUAACUGCUAAUCUCAUACUCAGAUACUAUUUUAAUCGCCUUACAAGGUUGCAGCCUCUUCACUUGUAUUCAGUGUGCCUGUUGGUUGGAUUGUUCUCCCUUGUUCCCUGGGGACCCGUCUGGGAAGUGCCCAAGUUCCACCUGGAUAACUGCUGGCGAGCAUGGUGGACCAAUUUGCUGUUGCUUAAUAAUUUCUUGUCGGUCCAAAAUGCGUGCAGUGGCUGGACGUGGUAUCUCGCCAAUGACUUCCAGUUCCAUCUCACGACGCCGGCGAUCAUCUUCAUCUAUGGAAAAAGUAAACACGUCCUUGUCCUCCUCGGGGCCAUGCUGUUCUUGGCGUCUUUCACCGCCACUGCUCUGCUCACACUGGAUUAUGACCUUCCGGUCGCAGCUCCAUCAGAAGCAAGUGAAAAUGCAACUACGUUGUAUUUCUUGGAGUACUACACUAAGCCCUACUGCUGAUUUGGGCCAUUCCUCGUGGGCCUCUUUCUGAGCAUUUUCAUGCACCAAAACCACCAGGCAAACAUUCUCAAGACCAAGGUGCAGGCUCUGCUGGGGUGGAUUUGCUCCCUGUCAACCCUGUUCGUGGUGGUCGCUGUGGUGUACGCAGUGGACGACACCUCCGCCACCUCUUCAGCUGCCGCUGCUCUCUACCAGGCGCUCCACCAGACCCUGUGGGCAGCGGCCGUGGGCUGGGUCGUGUUUGCCUAUCAGGAAGGCUAUGGAGGUCUGGUAAACCGGCUGCUUUCUUGCACCAUCUGGAAUUUCCUGGGCAGCAUCAGUUACACUUGCUGCUUGGUGCACCCCUUCCGCAUGGUCCUCUGCAACGGCCCUCAGGAAACGCUGCUUCACUACACCGACACCAACACGUUCUAUCUUUUCUCUGGACACUGCUUGCUGACCUUCAUCACUGGGCUGGCCCUGAGGCUGUUCAUUGAGAAACCAUGUCAGGACCUGAAGGCAUGCCUUCUGGGAUGA